AUGAAAUACCAACUGGACAUUGUUGGACUCUCGUCAAUGAAACGCCAAGGCUUUGGACUCCUGAACCUCAAUGGAUGGAAGCUGUUCUACUCAGGCGUCGACAUCACGACUCGUGCUCAGGCCGGAGUUAGUGUUCUGGUAGAACCCAACUUCGCCGAUAGAAUUAUUGAUUGGAAGCCUGUGAGCAGAAGGGUGGUAAUCCUCCGACUGAAGCUACAGCAGGCCAAAGAAUUGACCCUGGUACAUGUUCAUAUGCCCAACUUGGUGAGAGAACGUGACACCUUCCUUGAGGAAGUGCAGUGUGCUCUAUCGUAA